GUGGUAUUGAAAAUAGUAAUAUUGACCACGCCAGUUUCAUGAGCGGUGCGCGUUUACAGCCAUAACCUGUUGCGAUCUUUCGCGUGUGGCUCAUGCGGGUCUCAUAGCAUUCUGAGAUAACGGAAGUAAUCGAGUUUAUCGCGGGACGUGCCUUGUCAAUAGAACAAUAGAAAAUGCCGAAGAAAAAGACUGGGCAGAGGAAAAAGGCUGAGAAGCAGAAGCUUCGGCAGAAGGAGAUCAGAGCUGCCAAGGAGCAGGUCGAUUUGGCAAAAUUUCCUUGUAACUCCGUGAUGGAGUGCGACAAAUGCAACAAAAAGCAAAAGAGCCGUGCCUUCUGUUACUUCUGCCAGAGUCUCCAACGAUUGCCGAUAUGUGCGCAUUGUGGCAAGAUGAAGUGUAUGUUGAAAACAGGGGAUUGCGUGGUGCGUCAUCCUGGAGUCUUCACUACGGGAUUAGGAAUGGUGGGAGCCAUAUGCGACUAUUGCGAAGCUUGGGUUUGCCAUGGAAGACGCUGUCUCACCAGUCACGCUUGCAUCUGUCCAUUAAUGGAUGCUGUUUGUCAGGAAUGUGAGAGAGGUGUUUGGGAUCAUGGCGGAAGGAUAUUCAAAUGCUCGUUUUGUGACUGCUUCCUGUGCGAAGAUGAUCAAUUUGAGCAUCAAGCAUCUUGCCAAGUAUUGGAAGCAGAAAAUUUUAAAUGUCAAUCAUGUAAUCGUUUGGGACAGUACUCUUGUCUCAGAUGUAAGACAUGCUAUUGUGAGGAUCAUGUUCGUAGAAAAGGUUUUAAAUAUGAAAAAAAUAAACCUAUCCCUUGUCCAAAAUGCAGUUAUGAGACAUCACAGACUAAGGAUCUAAGCAUGUCCACGAGGAGUCAUAAAUUUGGUAGACAGAAUCAAGGUGGUCCAUCUGAAUCUGAUGAUGAAAACGGAUAUAAUAGUUAUGAAAAUCAAGAAUCUUAUUAUGGAACUGUCAGUUAUACCAAUGAUGAUGAUGAUGAUGAUGACUAUGAUGAUGAUGAUGAUGACGAUGAUGAUGAUGAUGAUGAUGAUGAUGAUGAUGAUAAUGAUGAUGAUAAUGAUGAUGUAGAAGAUGAUGACGAUAAUGAUAAAGAUAAUGAUGCAUCAAAUGCAGACGAAGAAAAGAAAGAUACCAAAAUACAAGAAACUUCAGAUAGUAAAAAUAAAGCUUAACAUAUAUUUACAGAUGUAUAAAAUAGUAAUAAUUGUAAAUGGAACAUCAAUUAAUGAAGAAAUUUAACCACGCACAAAUACUAAAAAAAAUUCUCAAAAAGAAUUGAAAUAUUUUAUAAGAUACAAAUUGAUUAACAAUUCCUAGAUAUUCAUAUGUAUAAUAUACACAAUAUUUAAAUUGAAUAAUUCACUUAAAAUAAUAAUAUAUAAAGUAUACAGAAUGAAAUAUAAGAUAAUCGUGAAGAAAUAAACGUUUAUUGUACAUG